UAUAUAUAUUAUGAUACAGGAUUACUUUAAUUUUUAGAGAUGUAAUUCAAUUAAUUUAAUCUGAACAAUUAUAGAAAUGUAAGAUACUAAUAUGCUAUAAGCUAGAGAAAUUAAAAUACAGAAUACUAAAACUGAUGGGUUAUUAAGAGAAAUUCAUUGCUUUUUACGAUAGGAAAUAAUCACCAAAAACCUCGAUUUAUUAUCAAUCGUUAAAUUUUUAAAAUUUAAAAACAAAUCAUAUACGUCAGAGCACGAGGUACGCAAGACCAGUUUUAUUCAAGGACAAUGUAGUAUAGAAGACACGUAGAGUUGACUUCCAGAGGUAGUCACACAAACGAGGUCGAACGGUGAACAGCCACUCUCUAAUAUGAUAAAAAUAUUAUAAAGUUACUGCUCAGCAAGAGUAUGAAAAAAAUCCACAAUUAUCUGCCACAGAUGUAGAAGAACUUCUAAAAUGGAGUGACGAAAAUAUAAAUUUAUAUGGGAAAUUGAUUGAUCUUCAGAUUAUAAUGUUUUUGCACGCAUGUAACUACGAUAAAGAAUAUACGAAAAAGGUAAUACGUCAGUGCUAUAAUUUAAGGGCUAAGAAGUGCACUCCCUUUUUUUCGGCAAGAGACCCUGCACAUCCUUUCAAUCAAAAACAAUUGGAUGUUGUUAAUAUAAACAUAAUUCCGGACGAAGAAAAUUGCUACAGUUAUAUAUGGUCACAGUUAAAAAUCGUGGAUGCAUCACAAUAUUAUCCCACUGUGGCGUCUAAACUAACUUUUAUGGCAAUCGAACUCGAUCAAGUUGAAUGUGGUACUAAGUCGGGGUACAGAAUGGUACUGGAUUCGAAUCAUUUUAGCUUAAGUCAUGCAUUACGUUACUCCCUAUCAAACGCAAGAAAUUUAAUGUUAUACGUUCAGGAAGGUACACCUUUUGUGAUUGAUAAAAUUUAUAUUCUCAACGUCACCUCGGGAACUGAAAGAGUAUUCUCAACGAUGAAACCGUUCAUGAGCUCUUCAUUAAUAAAUAAAGUUAUAAUAAAAUCAGUUUCAAAGACUAGUGAAUUUAUAAAAACAUUGCCACAAACAGUCGUGCCUAAGGACUAUGGUGGUCUUGCGCCAAUUAUGAGCGAAACCAAUGAAAUCUUAAAACAAAAAUUAUUGGAUAAUCGCGAUUACUUUUUGGAUGAAGAAAAAUUUAGAAAUGGUAGUGUUAAAGAUGAAGUAGACACAACAGUUGGCGAAGAUGACAAGGAUGAAAUACAUUCUUUUAAAAAUUUAAGCAUUGAUUAAACUUAUUUCAAAUAAAUAUUUUUCUAACUUAA